GCUAUGAUUGCUUGAGUUGUUGAGUAGAGGCCAUUUGCAGUUUUGCUUCUUCUCCCAGUGCACAAACCAAGCUUCUUCUUCUUCUUCUUCUUCUACCUCCUCACCUUCCCUUCGCUUGCUAUUCUGUAGUUCUGUGGCCCCCCAAUCUCCUCCUCCGCCGAUCCGCCCCCUCCAAGUACCAUUGCCGCAUCCAGUCGCCGGAGCAAUUUCCGAUGCGCCGCCGUCGCCGCUGCUCAAUCGCCGGAGUGGAGCAGCUCCGGCUACAGACUCAUUGCUUAGCGAUGAAUGACGAGUCCCUUUGACAGAAGGUAGCUAGGGGCCUCUUGAGUUAGCAUUUCAAGCGAUUUUGUUUGAUGAAAUUUGGGAUCUUUAGAUGGGAGCGUUUGGAAUUUCUGUAAAAUUUUUUUUACCUAGUUGGAAUUGUGGGCUUCCAAUAGCUGGGACAUUUUUGUUGUCACUCACUGUGAAAGUGAUCUGCUAGUAUUAGUCUAGUUGGGCUUUGUGAGGUUUGAGUUGGAAGCUGUUAGAAAUUAGAGCUAAACAUGCUUCAGGUUUCUGGUUGAUACUCCUACUUGAUAGUUGAAAUUGAGUUAGAGAUUUGAGAGUUUUGAAGUUCAGAUAAAACCGAGUGAAGUGCUUUUUAGGGAGCGAGUUGAAAUUUCAUAUAAAAUUCGAGUAAAAAAAUAUUUCUUUCAUUAAAAGAUCCUUAUCUUGGCUGUGACUGAAAAAGGAGAGGGGGGGGGGGGGGGUGAGAAGUCUGAGAAGAUGAGGUACAGGAAGCUGCCAUACAAUUAGCAGAGGAUAACACCAAAAACACUACCACACUAUUAGCAUUGUUCAAUUAUCCAUCAACUCAACCUGCUUGAUCAAGCUUGAAUCAUGGAGCUGGUGACAGGGGCGAUGGGGAGCUUGCUCCCGAAGCUAGGUGAGCUGCUCAAGGACGAGUAUGACCUGCAGACAGGCAUGAAGGAGAAGGUCAAGUCUCUCUCACGGGAACUCGAGAGCGUGCACGCCGUCCUCCGCAAAGUCGGUGAGGUAACACCAGAGCAGCUUGAUGAGCUGGUGAAGCUCUGGGCACGCGAUGUCCGGGAGCUGUCCUAUGACAUGGAGGACAUCGUCGACACCUUCUUGGUGCGUAUCGACAGCUCCGAGACCGAUGACCGGUCUGUGCUUAGGCACCUCCGGAAGAAGAUGAGCAGACUGUUCAAGAGGACCAAGGAUCGUCGCAAGAUCGCUGGCGCGAUCAAAGAAAUUGACAAGAAACUCCAGGAGGUGGAAGCCCGGCGUGCUAGAUACACAGUUGAUAGCAUCAUCACCAAGCCUGCAGGACCAGCGAGCAUUGAUCCUCGCCUACAGGCUCUGUACAAAAGAUCAACAGAGCUUGUUGGUAUUGAUGGGCCAGUGGACAAGGUUAUAAAGAUGCUGUCCCUUGGGGAUGAUAGGAACAUGAAGAUCGUCUCCGUUGUGGGAUUCGGAGGAUUGGGCAAGACCACUCUCGCCAAAGCAGUCUAUGACAAGCUUAAACCGGACUUCGAUUGUGGGGUUUUUGUUCCAGUCGGUCGAGUACCUGACAUACAGAAAGUCUUAAGGGACAUUCUCAUUGAUUUUGGCUUCAAAGUUUCUGAUGUGAUGAUAUUGGACGAAAGGCAACUUAUCGACAAGCUCCAGAAUUUUGUUCAGAAAAUGAGAUGUUUCAUUGUUAUUGAUGACAUAUGGGAUAAGAAAUCAUGGGAGUUAAUCAGAUGCGCUCUGCAAGACUGUAAGUGUGGAAGUAGAGUAGUCGCAACCACUCGCAUUUCUGAAGUUGCCACACAUGUUGGUGAUGUUUACAAAAUGCAGCCACUUUCUCGUGAUGACUGUGAAAAAUUAUUGUAUGCCAGGAUAGUUGACAGUGAAGGCAAAUGUCUUGAUAGCCCAUCAGUUGAGGCAUGUGACAAAAUUUUGAAAAAAUGUCGUGGUGUGCCAUUAGCUAUCAUUACAAUUGCUAGUUUGUUGGCCAGUAAACCAAUGGAGGACUGGCCUGUGGUGUACAACUCUAUUGGUUUUGGGCAUGAAGGCAAUGAUGAUGUAGCAAAUACUAGAAGGAUAUUGUCUUUUAGCUACUAUGAUCUGCCUUCACAUCUGAAACCUUGCAUAUUGUAUAUAAGCAUAUUUCCAGAAGAUUAUGAGAUCAACAAAAACCUUUUGAUAUGGAAGUGGAUAGCUGAAGGUUUUGUCCAUGUGGAACAUGUAGGGAUUGGAUUAUUUGAGGUCGGGGAGGGGUACUUCAAUGAAUUGAUAAACAGAAACAUGAUCCAGCUGGUGAAGGCAGAAAACGAAGGGUACAUAAGUAGUUGCCGUGUUCAUGAUAUGGUGCUCGAUAUGGUCCGUUCAUUGUCGAGUGAAGAAAACUUUGUUACUUUAUGGGACAGCAGUGAAAAACAAAAACUUCCGAGGAGGAAUGCUCGCAGGUUAGCGCUGCAGAGUAGGAGUAUUAAAGAGCAGAAUGGUAAUCAGCUAGCUAGUACAAGCAUGGAGCAAGUGAGGUCCUUUAUUGCCAAUGAUUGCGACGAUAUUAGCAUGUUAUUCCCAAGGUUUCGAGUUUUACGUGUAUUAAUUCUAGAAGAUUGUGAUGAUGUGGAAGAUGUGGAAGGUUGUGGUGGAAAUAGUGUGGAUCAUCUUGGCAGUUUACUUCACUUGAGGUACCUUGGGUUACCAGAUACUGACAUUAGCAAGCUCCCAAAGGAAGUAGGAGGUCUCAAGUUUCUCCAGACUUUGGAUUUAUGGAAUACUGGCAUAAAGGAGCUGCCACAGGCAGUGGGCCUGUUGACACAACUGUUGUGCUUACACACUGAUCGGAGUACGACAGUGCCAGCCGGUUUGAUCGGCAAGCUGACGUCUUUGCAAGAGCUGUGGACAUGGCCUGGUUCCGCAUACUACCGCGACAUGGACCCAGUGGCUGGUGCCGCUUCGACACGCCGUUUUGCGAAGGAGCUGGGUAACCUGAGGGAACUGAGGGUGCUCCGUGCUAGUAUUUAUGCAGUUGAUGAGAGCACGGAGAGAGAUUUGAUGGAGUCCCUGCUUGGCAAUCUUCAGAAAAUUCAGAGUGUGGAUAUUUUUGGAUCACCACUAGAGAGGGGAGUCACAUGGGAUGCAGGAUUUGCCUCUCGUUGGCGCCUCCGGCACCUGAAUUUGGAAUGCUUCGAGCUCUCUAGACUGCCAGCGUCGGUUAACUCCUCGCUUCUUCCGAACCUCUCCCAUCUAGACAUGAAAGUGCAGGUUAUGCAAGAGCAGGACAUGGAAACUCUUGGGAGGCUGCCCGAGCUGCGUUGCCUUGUACUGGAUUCGCGUUACACCAAAGUGGUAAGAAUUAAGAAUACUGGCAGUGAUUGCUACUUCAAGAAGUUGAGAUUCUUCACGAUGGGCAGUUCAUCCAUCUUGUUUGAUGUGCAAGGCAGUGAAUGCGCUAUCAUGCCAAGCCUUGAAUCCCUUGCAUUUAGUGUCCAUGUGCGGUUCCUCAAAGACGCGGACCUGCUUUGUUUCAAAAAACUUGGCUUGGUGAACCUCCCUAGCUCGCUUCAGCGAGUCACCGUUGAAAUCAACUCUUGGGAUGCCCAUGAUACAGAGGUGGAAGAAGCGGAGGCCAUGUUGGAGCAUGCAGCCAUCGUCCAUCCUAAUCAUCCCAUCUUCCAAACCACACGGCCAUUUGGAAAAUAUAUCAUGCUCUUACCUGACCAAGAGCCAAGCAGCACCAAUCCUAAAGUUGAUAGAUGUGAUGUCAAUCUGCGAAAGAACGACGGAGACCAUUUGGACUUCCGAUGGCUGUUGAUGAAUCCACGCGUCGAGAAAUUCUGUGUCUCCAUAAACUGCGAGAAUGCUAGUCUUGAGGAGGUUGAGGAAGCAGAGGCGGCUGCAAGAUAUGCAGUCGAUGUCCAUCCCAAUUGUCCCACUCUUGAACUGGUGAGAUAUGGUGAAGAUAAGAUGGUGCUACCCAACCCCCAGCAACAGGUUGGUUAUCUAUCUUGAUGACUUUCACAAUCAUGUUGCUGGUUGUAAGAAUGAAUCAUCACAUACUUGGCAACUUCGGAGUAUAUGCCUGUGAAACUCUAGACAGAAUGUAUUGGAUAUCGUUCACUCCAAAAAUACAAGUUUACAACACAAGGAUUCUAUACCACUAGUUUCUGAUGGAAAUGGCAGCAAGCAUGAAUGAGCUGAACAUGUCAACCUUCCAGACGUGUGUGUGCUCAUGCUGUUUACUUUGCAGAUCGUUUAACACAUCGUGAUAUUGAACAGACAACAAAAAUAUCACCUGUAUAUUGAAAUGAAGUGAGGAAAUCUCUGAUGAUGUCAAUGAUAAUUUGCUAGAAAGUUGUUCAAGGUCAGUAUGUAAGGACCACAUUUUUUUUUCUGGUUGUGGAUAGUUGAAUAUCAUAGAAUUAUUUCUGAGGUAACGCAUAAAAUGUCUCCUGCAUCUUAUUAGAACGUAUUGGAUUAGAAAGGGGAUUGUGUGCAGUGGAAGGAAUUUGGAGUUGCGUAGUGGCAAAUAUACAAUUGUUCGUAAUAUAGAUCGCCCCACUGGAGCUGGAACAUCUUAGGCUCCUAGCUGCAUGGCUUGUAUGAUAAAUUGGCGGUUUCUUUGCAGUUUGCAGCUGAAAAUUUAUUUCUUCAA